AUGAAAGGCGACUCCGCUAACCGGCCCGCAGACGUCGGUCCCUCCAGCCAUGUGCGGCGCAGUUACCUGUUCGCAUUGAGCUCAGAUCGCCGCAGGGAGCGGGGCUCCUGCAUCACAGCUGCCAUCAUUUUCCCGCUGACCGGGCUGAUCGCACUGGACUACCACCUGUCUCCCGACAGGUGGGGCCAAAACCCCCGGACGCCCAGAUACGGCCGGACAGGGGCGCGUCCAAACCCGAACCGGCUAGUAUACGGGCCGCCAAAUGGCUCCUUGCCGCUCAAACUCGCCACCGAACCAGCCGUUUACCCCAUAGAAAGGAACCCAGUAUACGGCACGCGGCUCAACUAUUCAAGACUGGAAAGACCCAGGAUACUGGACUUCCAGCCACCAGUAGCAACGCAGUUGGAAGACCUCGGUCGCUUCGAAACGACGAAGAUUCCGCCCUCGAAGGAUACGCGUACUGGCUCAUCGAAUCUGGUUCUCUCGCUGCCAAAGAUCUUCUCCAAGAUGCUGCCAACCGCUUACGGGCACGUCGUGAUCCUCCUUGCCCUCCUGUCAUCGAAGCAAACCGACUCUCGGCCGAGCAGCAGGUAG